AUGCCUCCAAAAAAGAAUGACAAGGCCGGGGGCAAGAAGCCCAGCACGGCCAAGGUCGUCGAUGACAAGACCUUUGGUAUGAAGAACAAGAAGGGUGGUGCCGCCCAGAAGCAGAUUGCACAGCUGCAGGCUCAGGCCAAGUCUGGCGGCAACGCCGAGCAGAAGCGCAAGGAAGCAGAAAAGGCGGCACGCGAGCGCGAAAAGAAGGCAGCAGAGGACGCCAAACGCGAGGCCGACCUCCUACUCAACAAGCCCGCCCAGAUCCAAAAGGUGCCUUUUGGCGUCGACCCAAAGACGGUGCUCUGCAUCUUCUUCAAGAAGGGCAACUGCGAGAAGGGCAAGAAGUGCAAGUUCAGCCACGACCUGGACGUCGAGCGCAAGACGGAAAAGAAGAGUUUGUACACCGACACUAGGGAAGGGGAGGAUGACAAGAAGAAGGUUGAGACCUCGGCCGACUGGGACGAGGACAAGCUGCGGAGUGUCGUCCUGAGCAAGAAGGGCAACCAGAGGACUACGACGGACAAGGUCUGCAAGUACUUUAUCGAGGCUAUCGAGGAUGGCAAGUACGGAUGGUUCUGGAUCUGUCCAAACGGAGGUGACAAGUGCAUGUACAAGCACGCUUUGCCACAAGGCUUCGUGCUCAAGACCAAAGAAGACCGAGCUCGCGAAAAGGCCCUCUUGGACAAGUCACCACUCAAGACUCUGACUCUCGAAGAAUUCUUGGAGUCGGAAAGGCACAAGCUGACGGGAACUUUAACCCCCGUCACGCCCGAGUCAUUCGCCAAGUGGAAGAAGGAUCGGUUGGAUAAGAAGGCGGCUGAGGAGCAGGCUCGCAAGGCCAAGGAUGCGACAGGACGUGCUCUCUUUGAGAGCGGCAACUGGCGCACCGAAGAGGACGACGACGAUGCCGAGGAUGAUGACGACCCCUGGAAUCUGGAGAAACUACGUGCCGAGACGGAAGCUAUCAGGCAGCGCAAGGAGGAAGAACGGUUGGCACUUGAGAACGGUAUCACGGUGCCAGGGGCGCCAGGUACCUGA